AUGAUACUACUGGCCAACACAUCGUUUCCUCGCUUUAUCUUUGAUGACAACAACAAGUUUGUUCCAUCUCCCGAUCUAGACGAGACAUCGAUCAGCGACAACGACGAAGCCGAAGAACGCGUGAAAAAGUUUGAACAAUUCAAAUGCCGCGAAGAUCAAGAUGUCGCCGUCUUUCUCUCCAUUGCCAACAAGAUGGAUGUCUCCUCGUUGAUCUUUAUCUUGCAGGGACACGCCAAGGCACAAGCGUUGCCUGCCGCGGCACAAGCGCAAGCAGCGGCCAAGAUUAGUGGCAAACCAACGACGCCGCAAAAGGCAGUUGCCAAACAGUUUCGAUUCGCACUCGCCAACAACGACAUGGUCAAAUGCGUCUAUCACGUCGUUCCCUCCGUCAAGGACAAUCCCGACAUGUGGUGGAGUGACGUGGAGAUGAAACAAAUUCGUGGUGCCGCCAUUCAAGAUGUCAAGUACUAUCGCAAAUAUCGUGCCGAUUUCCGACAAACGGUCGAAUUGUUGGCCAAUGCCGGUAUUAACGAAGGUGUCUUUACGCAUGCCACCGUCGAAGCCAAUCUCAAAAAACUCAUGGAAGACUCGUACGCACGCGGACUCGAAGUGCACAUUGUCAAUCUCUUGUCCGAUUUGCGCAAGGAAACGGUGCGAGCGGUGCUCGAAGAGCAGGCGGAAUGUCGCAUGUGCGGGGAUGCCCCCGAUAUUACGGCCGAAUCACUGCGCGAACAAUCCAUGGCAUACACGCUGCAGUCGCGAACAUUUGCACUCAAAUUGGCACAGUGUGAUCAAGUGGAAUCCUUAAAGGCGAGCUUGAGUUCUUCCAGUAAUCGAUGGGAUAACAACAGCAAUAAUGAUACCAGUAUGGUCACACCCGAUCCGAUUCCCGAACCGCGAUCGGCGUGUGCAUGA